AUGAUAAGAUUUAAAGUUUAUGGUCUAGCCAGAACUCAAGAAAAAGCUGAUUAUCUUACUAAAAAUGAAAUAAAUCCAAUCAUUGGUAAUGCAUCUGAUGUUGAAGUUUGGGGAGCUGUUGCCGAGAGAGUAGAUGUCGUGGUUGAAGCACUUGCUGACUAUACCAAUCGUGCCACCACUGGAAUUGUAUUAGCUAAAAUCCAAGAGGUUGCUACCAAGAAGCCACACCUAACAAUUAUCUAUACUAGUGGAUCGUUGGUCUACGAAGAAACUCAGGAUCUCGUCGAUGAGAACUCGCCAUACAAUGUCACCCACCCGUUCUUCUCACACAGAAGAAAGGUAGAGGAACAAUAUCAAGCUUUCGGAGGUAUUAUCAUCCAGCCAUCGUAUGUCUAUGGAGGUCAAGGUUCGGCAUCGUCCUACUAUUUCCGAUUGGCAACUCAAACAACCGAUGGCCAAGUUACAAUGUUUGGCAAGAACAAAGAUCAAUAUCGUUCAUUCAUCCACGGUGCUGAUCUUGCUCAGAUUUACUUGUUGGCUGCAUUGAAUGCAUCUUCGGUAAGAGGACAAAUAUUCAUCGGAUCGGCCAACUACUUCAAAUCGGAGGAAGUUGUUCGUGCCAUUGCCAAAGAGGCCGGUGUUGAGAUCAAGACAAUCAACUAUAUCUCACCACCAGACGAUGAUAUCAUGGCACAAGUCUACUCUGUUUCCAGUCGUGCUACCAGCAAAAAAGCUGAACUUCUCUUGGGUUGGAAAGCAAAUCGUCCAUCACUCAUUGACAAUACCAAGCAUUAUCUUCAAACAUGGAAAUUAUACCAACAACCAUCUACUCCAUCUUCAAAAUAA